AUGCCGGCCCCUGUCCAGAGUGAUGCAAUGUGCGGCCCUCGUGUGUUUGCAGACGCAGCUGGUGUUCCAGCUACUACGUUGAUCAUGCAACACAGGAGGCGCUUCUUCCGGGAGGCGGGCCGCUUCGCGCCCGAACCGCUGCUGCGCGCUGGGGAAGUGCGGGCGACGGGGGAGUGCCCCCCGUGGAGGCGCAAGCGCGUGCAACUCCCUUCGCCUCGCUGCCCUUCGCUUUCGCGCGCGCAUGUGCUGGCCGGCGCUUCGCAGACCUCGAGAUACACACCGUCGUCGCCAAAGGUGCGCUUCGUCUCAAUGCGCUUUUCUCUUCUUAGCUCAGAAAGACACAAGAAUUUUAUUCAGGCUAUCUACUGUUCGGGUGUAUUUCCUGUCAUUUUGUACGCAGAAAAAGAUAGUUACCAUAGCAUGUUCUGGGCGCGAACUUACAUUUUGACACUUUGUGCUCAAGAACUGUGCCGGGCGUAUGAAACCCGUAUUGACGCUUGUUCUCCCCUGGAAUGCAGCGUGGUUCAAGCAGCCACCAGGAAGGAAAGACCAAUGAAUGGCGUUGACCUGACCUGGGUCGCGAGGAGGGGUCGUCGCGUCGGGCGAGGGAGAGGGGAAUGCAAGGGCAAGGCCGCCUGCGCUCGGAGAAAGCGGCCGUGCCCCCCUCCCGCCACCUUUCUCAGCCCCCACCACUCCGCCAGCGAUGAGUCACUAGACGCAGGAGACCCCACGGUGCGGCGCCGUGCCGGGCGGCACGCUCGACAUCAAUUCGCGCACGUGGCGAACGGAUUACUUCUCCGGGAAAACGGCACUUUCAAUAAAGAUUUUAUGGUGUCCAUUGAAAUACCAGGCCUGCCACAACCACAAUCUCAACUGUCAGACUACGAUCGCAACACGCUUGCACUGGAGGAGGCUAGACGCGCGAGAGCCUCCGUGCCAAACCAACUCCAAAGCUGGACAAAAUGAAACUAUUCUUUUCUUAUUGGUUGAGGGACGUGGUCAUGGCAACUGGGAAGCACGGAUCACCUUCAGCUGCCGGUACUCUGCAGGUAUAUGCAAUGCUAGUAUACUUGAUGGUGCUCCAAGUGUAACGCAUAGAACUGCUUGGCUCCAUCUUGAAUUGUAACGCAAUGUUUGCAACAAGAGAAACGAUUUCUUUUAAAUGUUACUCGCCACCCGUAAAUAAUUAUGUCAAUUUUAAACAACGUUAAUUCUAACAAUUUUUAAGUUAAAAAAAUUAUUUUAGUGCUGUUCAUUUUGUGGGAAGGCUUGACCUCCCUUGCCUCCUCUAAAAAUUCGCCACUGAUUCGCACUUGAAGAUACCACAUCGCCAACAAACCAUAGGUAUUUCCAAACAUUGCUCAAAAUUAAAAUAUUGAUGUUAAUAAAACUUUGAUCCAAAACCAUCGAUGUUUUUAAACAUCGAUGAUUUUUAAACUGGAUUAGAAAUCAUUGCAGAUGGUAGUUUUUAGCGAUUGCUAAAAAUGCGAAAUGUUACCAUACUCUGAAAAAAAUUGUAAUUGUAUGUUAGGUAGUAUAUUUCGCAGUAUAUUUCUGAAGGUUUUCAAUCUGCAAUAAAAGGCGAGUCGAACGAAAACUGCAAAAUCACGUACAAAAUGUGAAAUGAUCGUUCUCCAAACAUUCUGGCAACCUGUAAAUGGUUCAUUAUAAAACCAAUUAUAUUUAU